AUGUCGGCCAAAUGGGAGAGGCUGCGCCUUUCGCACAAAGAUGAAAUACCUACACUUCUUUGCAAAUACGCUCCAACGGCAAAGGGCUACGAGGUAAUCAUUACCGAUCUCACUUAUAUUUGGUCGGAGCGUCUGGAUCACCGCGAGGUUCUGAAGAGAGCCGAUAAAGAUGGCACCACCAUUGACCCGAGUGAAGACCUCGAUCAGUUCAAAGUGCUGUUGCAGAAGAUAGGAGACGCUUUACAGGGCUCUCCUGGAAGCAGUUCGAUAUUGAAUGAUGGAUCGACAAGAGAUUCGCUAGAACUAAUGGUAUCAACCAAACUACCUGCUCCAUUGAAGCCUCUCAAGUGGACAUUGUAUCUAUCCAAACAAUCACAAUCCUCUUCAACCAGCCAUUUACUCCUACCUUUACUAAGAGAGGAGGCGGGCUGGGAUUUGCGCCAACGGUCUCUUCUGGACCAGCUUAAACAAAAGGACUGGGUCCUUGGGAAACUCUUUGAUAAGAUCGAGGCCAUGGGCGUGGACCUGAGCACUGUGUUUCCUGGUGUAUCUGGAUUGCGUACAGCCCGAAAGGGUUCUACGUUAUCCCAAGCAUCGAAAUACAUCAAAGGCGUUGCGCCGUUUGACGAACAGUCAUGGCUCAACCAAAGCAGCAAAUCAUCCUCUGAUUCUGGCCUUGCUGCCAACCUUCUCGCGGAGAUGACAGGAUCUGAUAGCAACCUGGAGCAGGAAGAACUGCGCCCAGCACCUGAUAAGUGGUGGGAACAUCUUUUAGAGCAUAAUCAUUCUACAAUCGCCCCUGCACAAGAAGAACCCAGGGAGAAACCGGGACCAAAACCCUCCCAUGAUGACUUGGAUAUGGACACCGACACUGCCCCAGAAACUGAAAAUGAUGAAUUCGAGCGACAAGAGACACCACCCAGACUAAAGCAGUCAAAAGGUAUCGAUGAAGAUACCCACCCUGCCACAGAAAAGAAAGCACCCAUAAGCAAAUCCCCAUCACCAGUCCCCCAAAAAGCCAAAGGAAAACCGUCAAAAGGACUCGGUGUCAUUGGGGGAAAGAAGCAUACCAAAAAGCCAUCGCCAUCACCGUCACCGUCACCACCACAACCCUCACCAUCCCCAGAACCCAAACAUCUUAUCCCCGAACCACCAAAGAGACCACCACCAACAGACGAUCUAGAGACAGAGACAGAGUCAGAGUCAGAAUCAGGAUCAGAACCAGAACCAGAACCAGAACCAGAGCCAAAGGCCCCAUCCCCAUCUCCAUCUCCAUCAUCACCACCCCACAAAGAACCCGCGAACCCCCCACCCAAGAAAUCCCGCGGCUUAGGCCUGAUAGGCGGUAAGAAAAAACAAAAACAAGCUACACCACCACCACCACCACCACCACCACCACCACAACCCGUGUCCGAACCUCAAUCUCAAUCUCCCACCCCGCAAAAGAGUCCCGCAGCGACACCCCCACCAAAGCCUAAACGAACAGGCAAACUCGGCGUGAUAGGUGGUGGCAGCAAGGCCGCGAAAAGCAGCCAGGGUAGUGGUACUCGAACAGUGCCACAGCCACAGGUGAAAGACGAGGUACGAACAUCUCCUGAUUCUGUGGGUGACUCGGUGAAACCUAAGAUUGCGCCAUCGAGGUCUUCUUCGCCUGUUGUGCGGAGGGCACGGGCACCACCUGUGCCUGCGGAACCGGAGAAAGAGGAAACAGAGGAGGAGAGGGCGGAUAGGAAGCGAGAGGAACUGAAACGACAACUUGCGGCGAAGAGUAAGGCUCCUGCGAAGAAGAAGCGGAAGUUUUAG